AUGAGUACAAUCAUAUACUACCAAUUCACUGGUAUCAAUACCAGUUCCACACCAAAAACCCAGAUCUGGGUAUGGGAGAGAGAGCUACCUCAGAUUCUUCGUCGUCGUCGUCGGGAAGGGGAGGAUGGCCAGUGUAGGAAGGGGAGACGGGUCAUCAUCUUUGUCCCGAAGGUGAGGAGGGUCAUCGUCUUCUCCGCCGAUCCCUUCACAGUGUCAAGCUUGUGGAAUGAGAUGGAGAGUUACGGCAAGCUUGGCGUUGCUCGGAGAACAACGACAAUCACCAUCUAA